GGGCGUUACACGGGUGAAACCAAUCUCGCGCGCGAUGCACCGUCUCGGAAUCCGCAACGCGGAGGUGUCGGUGAUCAGCGAUGACAUGAUUCAAAAGUGUGUACUGAAGGACGCUGUCGACCCUGCGAACGAGAACGCGACCAACGACAUGGCGUCCGGCACGGACGCCGUCGACUUUGCCGCGCUCAAGGUGCUGUCGUUGUCAUUCAAGAACGUGUUCAAGAUCGACAACUUGGUGACGUUGAAAAACCUCGUCAAGCUUCAGCUCGACAACAACGUGAUUCAAGAGAUCGAAGGCAUCAGUCACCUCACGAGCCUCACGUGGCUCGACCUGUCGUUCAACAACAUUGCCGAGAUCAAGGGCCUCGAGACCCUCACAAAGUUGCAAGACCUGACGCUGUACAACAACAACAUUUCGAAACUCGAGAACCUCGACACGCUCAAGAGCCUCCAAGUGCUGUCCGUGGGCAACAACUCUCUCGCAACCACGGACGGAUUGCUCUACCUCAAGUGCUUGGACGGUCUACGGGUGCUCAACCUGGAAGGCAACCCCGUGUGUUCCGACCCCGAAUAUCGAUCGUUCGUCUUGGCCCACUUGGACAAACUCAAGUACUUGGACUACUCGUUGGUCGACAUGGCCGAAGUCGUGCAAGCGAGGGAGCAAUACCAGGACGAACUCGAGGAGAUGAAGGAGGUCAAGGCCAUUGAAGAUGCUGCGUUGGCGCGGGAACUCGAGUACAAACAGUACAACGUCAUGCUCAAGGAGGCCAACGUGAACCUCCUCGAGACGUUGCUCAGCGACAUGUUCAAAGAGGACUCUGAGAUCAGCAAGAUCGAAGUCCUGCCAGGAUUGCGCAACUUGAUCGACGACUUUACGGAAAAGGUCAAAGCCGCGACGGAGGACAUCAAGGUCGUGCUCCUCGAGAAACAUGGAGCCAUCCAGCGUGAAUGCGAGGCGUUCAAGGUCCAGUACGACAAAGAGAAGGCGGCGACGCAGAAGGCGAGCAUCGCGCAGUGCGAACAGUAUCGCCGCGUGGUGAAGCGCGUGUUCAAGCAGUCGGCGGCGUUGACGACCGAAGCUGAUGUCACCCGCGCCACGGCGGAAGCUCAAGCCGCGUGCCACGAGCUCAACACGGAGCUCAUGGGGAUCGAAUCGACUUUGGUGGAAUUUGCGCACGAAGCGAUUUCGACACUGGAUGUACGCAUUGAAGCGGUUGGGAACGAAUCGAGAGGCAUUGCGACCGAGCAUUUCCGGAACGUCGAGCAGCUCGAAAACAACUUUUUCGACGCCGUGACCCAGCUUGCGGCCAACCUGCUCGAGCGUUUGGCAACUGAAGAUGGUGAAGACGACGAUUUCUUAAGCGACGAAUGUCGUGCAAUUCUCAACGAUCGGGACGCACUCAACAACGCAAUCAAUGGCUCGCAUGAUAUUCAUAUCGGCAAACUCCUCGCCCAAGAAGACUUGAUGCGUGAACAGAACAUCGCCAAGAUCCACGAUAUCAUCAAGACGACCAAGGGCGAGGAAUGGUCGCGCAACCGCAAGCGUGUAGCUGAAAUCAUCCACAUGAAGGAGAAACACGUGGCAGAAAUCAUGGCCUUUCGCGAUGAGCUUAAUCGCACCGAGGACGAGUUCUACUAGCGGUGGUCUACUCGCAAUACAGAGUUACCUGUGACCGUCCCUGC